GCCUCUUUCCCUCUUUGCUGUGCUUCGAGCUCCGUUUAGAAUCACGUGAGCUCGCUUCUCCGCUCUUCAGGUCCCCGGAUGUUGUAGCGGCGUGGUCACAUGACCUUCCCCCUCCCGAGAGCGAGGGUCACGUGGCCGGAAGAAGGAAAGGGAGGCAAACAGGCGCCUGGGGAGGGGAAGGAGCCGACGGGCCGGACUAGGUCGGGGGGGGUCGCCGCCGGGGGGGGUCUGGGCCGCGCCCCAUGUGACCCGCGGCGCGCGCAGGACGCCGGAGCCCGUCCAGCACGGCCAUGGGGUGUUGCUACAGCAGCGAGAACGAAGCCUCCGACCAGGGGGAAGAGUCGAAGCCCCUGUUGCCACCUGCCUCCAGCCCACCCAGCAAGUCCUUGAAUGGGACAGAGCCCAACUGCUACAGCCUGCCUUCAGCCCGGACGGAUGAACAAGCUCUGCUGUCAUCGAUUCUCGCCAAGACAGCCAUCAACAUCAUUGAUGUUUCAGCUGCAGAUCAACAAGGCAUGGAGCAACAUGAGUACAUGGACAGAGCCAGGCAGUACAGCACCAGGUUGGCAAUGCUGAGCAGCAACUUGAUGCACUGGAAGAAGCUCUCGACGCUCCCAUCGCUGACCACCCAGCCACAUCAAGUGCUUGCCAGUGACCCCGUGCCCUUCGCAGACUUGCAACAGGUCUCCCGGAUAGCUGCAUAUGCCUACAGCGCCCUCUCCCAGAUCCGAGUGGAUGCGAAAGAAGAACUGGUUGUACAGUUUGGGAUCCCCUGAUGGCUGCUUUUCAUUCAUCUUCAUAUAUAUAUAUUUUACCCCUCAUCUUCCUCUCUUUCCUCACCACAAUUGGCUUGUCACCACAGUGGGACUUGUACAGAUAUUGACAAUACACUGAAUUCCCUACAACUUGCCACAGAGACAGUAACCUAUGGAUUGCCACCUUCCCCUUCACCCCCCCCCGAGGGGCUGAUCCUACCCACACGUCUCCCCUCUUCCUACUCCUGCUUUUUCGUGUGUGUUGGGGUCAUGUUUGGGCAAGCCAGCACAUGAAUGGAGGAGUGGGAGAGGGGGCAAGCCCUGAACACUAAGCUCAGCUCCUAAAGAAGUGUGGCUCUUUGGGCCAAAGUGGAUGCCAGCGGGAAGCCUGUAGCCCACAGCUGUGUGUAUUGGGGGGGGGGAGAGGGGCAGCUGUGAUGGUUUCCUUCAUUCACUUUUUUCCCUGUUAAGGCUCUCAAAUUCUGACCGGUGGGAGUGGGAGGGGGUAAGGAGGAAGAGGAGUUGCCAUGUGGGCGGCUGCUUGUCGCUUCCCACUUGGGUUUCCCUGCAUCGCUUGCCCUUUGCUGCCAGCACGUGUGGGGUAUUUUUUAGGAUUGGCGGGUGGAAGAGCCAGUGCAGAGUGCGUUGGAUCUUCUUUUUUUAAAAAAAGGGAGGAUGCAGCACAAUAGUUGAAGAGCAACUUGCUGGGGGUGAGUGGGAGGCAGCAGUCCCUCUUCCUGGGGUCUCACCCUCCACUCUCUUUUACAUGGCUGAACGGUCAUCUUGUUUUAAUUUUUGUUAAUUUUUUUUUGCUGAAGUAGAUUAAAAUAUAAAUACAUUCAUCCAA